UCCGUUAAUUAACAAAUUGAGACGCGAUAGAAAAGAUUAGUCCAAGUUUCCGUGACGUGAAACUGGUAUAAUUUGGUAAUCAUAAUGUUAUCAAUAAUGUAUUGAGCGUAUGAGGGUACCUCCAUUCGAUAAGAGAAAUUUUGUUCAACGGGGAAAUGGUAUAUAGACUGUCGAAUGCGGGAACGAUUCACGCAGUUGCAUUUCGAUUAUUGCACAUCGUGGAAACUUACGUGAGUGCUUUCCCUCGGCGGAAGUUGGGAUUGUCGAGGAAAUCGAUUUUGGAAACGAUGUCGUCGGUUUUGAUGUUGAUCUUACUGAUUGUUGGAUCAUACGCUCAGUCCCCAGAUCAAUCGUCUGAUAAAAUUGACGAUGUGAAAUUGACAGAUACUUUGGAUGAAGAUUCUAAUAUCACAUCAACGUUGAAGAACAUUCAAACUGUUGAAACAACCACCACGUCGAAACCAAGCCUCUUCUCCUGGUUUUUCACGCCAUUGGUCCAGAAUCUUCAGAUCGACCCUCAAACUCUUCAGAAUCGUGUCAUUCAGCUCAAACAGGCAUUGAAUAAUCUUGGAUUUCGGAAUCAAGAGGAGGGGAAGCAAUUAAGCAACGCGAAUAAUUUAUUGAAUCUCGCCAGUUUGACUGAUUCCGGGUUUUACACCAACAGAGUGGAACCAGCCGGAUUUUUCGGUGGAAACGGAUGGUUGGCAAACAAAGGUGGACUCUUGGGCGGUCCAGGCGCCAUUCUUUCAACUGGCAGCAUUUUGACGGAUUAUCCCACCGCAUACAGGCGAAAGUAGAAAGAGACGCUUUAUAACUGACCUAGAAAACGGACUUAACGGAUGAUUUAAUAAAUUGUUAAAUAGUUGGAAACGAAUAGAUGAUUCUUAAUGAAGAAAAUGAAGAAGAUAUUAUUAAGGGAUGAUAUUUUUUUAUUUUAAUUCUUUAAUUUUAUUUUUUAAAUCAUAUCUCAGUUCAAUACCUCAAAGAUUUUUAUAUUUCUAGCGUAUUAAUUGUUAUCAAGUUUUGGAAAAGUAUAAUGUAAGUAGAUACUUAAGAGAAGAGCAUAAGCAAAAUUGAUUUUGUUGAAUGAAUAAUAAAUUUCAAUGUUACACUUUGUAUGUUUUUAAUAAUUACUGAUGGAUGAUGAAUACAAUCAUUUUCCAAUUGUUUUCAAAAUAUUUAAAAUGCUCUUCACUAUCUAUAUUGGAAAACGUUGGAUUAGAAGAUGAUAAUAAUAAAUAUAUGAGAUUAUUUUAAAGUA